AUGGGUCGUCAAUGUCGUUAUCUUCUAAGUCUGCUAAUUCUAGUAUUGGCUUCAUCAAAGUCUCACUCAUGGAGUUGGUUCCCUUCUUCUGAAGAGACUCAGUCUUCUACUGAUCAUGAGAGCCCUUCUAUGAGUGGAACUUCAGUAGGUAAGUUUUCCAUGGAAGGUCAUAAUGAUGACCCCAAGGCAAUCAGGCUUGUUGAAGAUGCAGAGAAGAAGUUGGUAGGUCCUAACUCUUGUUGGCAAAAUGCUUACCGGCAUCUCUUUUCGGGGUGCUCGGAGGUGCAUGCCGUUGAAGAGAAGCGCUCAAGAUUCGCUUGGCAUCUAAGUGAUUGCUUUCAGAAGGACUCAGCAAGGCCUCCUUUCCCUGCGUGUGACCCGAAAUCUGCAAUGUAUAAGUGCCUGAAAACUUUGAACAAUGAUCAGCACAAGGUCUAUUUGGAAUUCUACCUUGAAACCAACUCAAUAUGCCAUCAGUUGCAGGCUCGCGCAUUCAAGUAUGAAACAGAGAGACUUGUGAAUGAACUUAAAAAUUCAGCUCAGUAUGCAGAAGACAAGUUGGAAAUAAUUGAAGAGAAGGCAGAGCAGCUACUGCAGGGGUCGAGUGAAAUAUUUGAUUCUUUGAAUUCAAUUGAUCUUCGAACACAGCAAGUUGCUCAGACUGCAGAGAAUGUGGAAGAUCAUAUCGAUGUGGUGUUGAAGCAUUCUACAGAAGUUUAUGAGCAAUCAAGGAAAAUCCAAGAAUCUCAAUCCGAGCUGCAAGAAGGACAAGUAGAAAUGAAGAAGAACUUGAAGGAAGGAAUGGCAAUGCUGCAAGAUUCAUAUAUUCAUUUGGGACAAGAAAUCGAUAAUUUGAAAACUGAGGCUGUUGAAAUUGAAAAAGAGAUCAUCAAAGUUGGAGACCAAAUGUACUCUAGGAUGGAAAAUCUGCAAGUCAAAGCAGAUGACAUUGGGAAUAUGGCAGGGCUCUCUUUGGACAAGCAAAAGCAACUUCUAGAUGGACAAACAACAGCUCUCAAGGAGUUAGACUUUUUGACCAAAUUUCAAUCUGAGGCAUUGGAAGAGAGCAGGAGAACCCUACAACGGUUAACCGAAUAUGGCCAGAGACAACAAGAAGAGCUUCUUCAGAAGCAAAUACAGCUUCAAAAAGUUCAUGAUCACCUGAUGGAAAACUCAAAGUCAAUGUUGGAGGCACAGGAAUCUUUUGAAUCAAAGCAAGCCAGCAUGUUCGCUGCACUAGACAAGCUAUUGGCUUUGCACAAUGCUAUGCUGCUUGAAUCACGCGUGAUCAAAGCUUUCUUUAUUUACUCUAUAUCAAUCUUUGUCAUCUACAUGUUCACAAGCACAAAGCGAACAUACACAGUUAGACCUCGGCUAUAUAUUGGACUUUGUUUAACUCUCUUAGUAGAAGUAGCAAUACUUCGGCUCACAGGGAAUGACAUUGAACAGCAAACAUGGAAGAUAAACCUUCUCAGGACUCUCUUUGCAGCCACUGCUUUGGUUCAGCUAAUGCAUGCAAUUUUCACAUACAGGGACUAUGAAGUAUUGAACCAUCAACUGCUGCAUACAUUGAUUGAGAAGGUUAAUGGUAUGCAGAGAUACCAGAAGUUCACAUGGGAUAGAGAUAGUGAUUUAAACUGGUCCUCUUGGCUUGACAGCAACUUACCAGAAGAUGAAGACUGUUCUGAUGACCCUGACUACUUGGUUCCCGAACAAGUUGGGGAUAAUUUGAUCACAGCGUCAAGUAUCAAAGAAUAUGAUCUCCGCCAACGUCUUCAUUUUUGAAAAUUUUCAUUGAAAUUUCCCUACACCAAGUUAGCAAAUAUAUGUAAACAUCAUAAAUA